GUCAAUCGCAGUCAAAAUUCACCCUUGGCUCGUGCCGCUGGCUGCCGUUGGGAGCAACACCGGAGUGCGCCGAAGAGAGAGAUAUUAGUUUCCUGGUGCGCGUCAUCCGCGCUCCUCCAUCGCUUCUUAUUAUUCGCUCGCUCGUCCAGAUCGCCGUCAUCCUCAGGGAUUCACCGAAUUUUUACCCAUCGCUUCCGGGUCGUGAUUUCUCUCUCUCUCUAUAUAUAUAUCUAUCUAUCUAUCUAUCUUUCUCUCUCUCGCUCUUUCUCAUCUUAUACGUGUUCUCGAGCUUCCUCGGCGACUGCCAGCAGCGGAUAUCAUCUUUUGCGCGCGUACCAUGCAGCUCGUCGCAGUUUUUUAGCAUUGGCCCACCGAGGACGGAGAACGAGCAUCGAAUACAACGCGAGAACAGUACGUUUCGCCGCAUGGGUGCCUGGGUUGACGAUCGUUUCGCGGAGGAGGAGGUGGUCCCAAGUAAUCAAAGUAGCACUUGGACUUGGAGAAUCCGGAGCCGCGAUUGCAAUGGUGGUGGACCGCUGCAUGGUCGAUCGGGUGCCGACUAUCAAUCCUGCUUGUCGUCAGCAUCCUUGUUGCCGUUGCGCCGUCAGUUCACCAGGCAGCUCUAUGAGUGGCCUUGUUUACCGUUGUUUAAGUCAAGGACGAAACUAGAUCUUUAUUAAAUCGAUCAUUCCGUUUGAGAACAAGAGCCGCUACCCGGAGGAGCGUCGUUUGUUUGCAAAUACAGAUAUAGUUCCUUUUUUUUGCCUCCGUUCUGUUCUCGUAUGCGAUUGUUUGCGUGUGUGUGUUUGCGUGCACGUUUGUCUAUUGGGAUUGGUGUCGCGAAGAGGAAGAUUAGAUCGCCCGGAAGUCUGGAUACUUUCGAGGGUGAAUUCCGAAAGUGCAUAUACCAUCCACAUUCGUCGUCUCUUCAAUAUGGCCGAGUGGACCAAGUUCAACGAUCGAAAUAAGCUAAGUCGACCCGACGAACGAGCAAAUAAGGACGAUAUUAUCUUAAAGCAGUCGUACGCGGAAAAAAAUGAGCAAAUUAUCAAGCAAGAUUCACGCGUGACGAAUGAGCGAAACGAUUGCGAUCACGAGGAGACGAUCGCGGACUCGAGUGUGACACAGGAAUUGGAACACGUCAAUAGCUUUCGGAAUAAUUCGGAAUUCCUGGAAGGCUCGCUAAAGCAAGAUGAAGAAGAGAGAUUCGUGGAAGACAAUCAUGAACGAAUAGGGGACUCGGGCACGAAGAUACGUCGGGAGGCUCGUCAGGAGUUGAAGGAAGCCUUGCAAAAUUCGCAAAACUCACCGAAAAGACCCAACAGUCUUUACAAAGAGGACGUAUUGAGUUUGAGUCCACAGAAACUGAAAAGCGUUUACAAUGAGAGAAAUACGAUUUUUGGUUCGCCUACCAGGAAUCACUUGUCGUCCAAGGGUCGCUUGUCGACCGAGAACAGUAUCGAGAAACUUGCGAACGGGAAGUUUCCUAAGGACGAUAAACAGCAGCAUCACGUGCAGUUCAACAAAGAGUCCAAGAAGCAACAGAACACACGUAACACAUCGGAAGAAAGACCGCAGCAGAGUCCGUCGAUCUCCACGUCAACCACGAGCACCUUCGAAGAUAACUCGAGCUUGGCGCAGUUUUGCGAAGCCAGACCACCUGACGGAGGCUGGGGCUGGGUCGUUGUUGCGGCUUCCUUCAUGGUGAACCUGAUCGCGGACGGCAUCACCUUCUCCUUCGGCGUAAUAUACGUCGAAUUUCUCAAUUAUUUCGGCGGAGGAAAGUCCCGGGCAGCCUGGAUCGGCAGUCUCUUCAUGGCGAUGCCGCUAUUGUCGGGGCCGGUAGCGAGUUUUUUGACCGAUCGAUACGGUUGUAGAAAGGUAACCGUAGCGGGUAGUAUACUCGCGACGGCUGGUUUCGUUGUAAGUUCCUAUGCGAAGUCUAUGGCGUUGCUCAUCUUUACCUUCGGCAUCGUAGCGGGUUUUGGUUUGUCCUUGUGCUUCGUCGCGGCGGUAGUAAUCGUAGCGUACUACUUUGACAAGAAGAGAUCCUUCGCCACUGGUUUGUCGGUAUGCGGCAGCGGAAUUGGAACUUUUAUCUUCGCCCCCGUCACGCAGUAUCUCUUGGCGGAGUAUGGCUGGAGGGGAACCACGUUGAUCCUGGCAGGAUUGUUUUCGAAUCUCGCUGUAUGCGGAUGUCUUAUGCGGGAUCUCGAGUGGACUACCACUAGAGCAAAAGCGAAAACUGAAGAGAGGAAGAAGAAUCGGGAAAAAAAGAGAUCCAAGGUGCAGAGUUCCAACGCAGAUUCCUUUUCAGCUACCAGUUCCGCGAACACGACCACGCAGACGCCGCACGGCGAAUCUAAAAGAGGUUUUGCUUCCGCCAACGCGAUGAUCAUUGAGAAUCUUCGGCUUCAGGACGGCGAAGAGGAGGGCGGCGAGAAGCUCUUCUCUAGCUUGGUGAGUCUGCCCACUUUCGUUAAAAACAGGGAGAAGGUACCGCUGGAGGUGUUGGAACUACUUAGCGCGAACAAGGCCGUAUACAAUGUCCUUCUGCAAAACUACCCGAGCCUUUUGAUAUCGUCGAAGAGUUUCAGCGAUUCAGGAGCAUUGCACGAUCAACUGAGUACACCCUCGGCCCGAUUUAUACAUACGCCAAGCCCACUAGCCGAGUUAAAAACCGACAGCGAAAAGGACAAGGAUACGCGCGAUGAACGAACACUUCGCGAACAACCACGACAAUCGGUGGAACCGGCGUACUUAUGGUGGCUGAAGAAAAUCGAUUCGGAGACUCCGACGUUGAGACGUUCCAGUACGCUGACGGAACAACCUAGAAGAUUGCCCACCGCGUAUCUAAAUGACAUCAGGAUGCAUAGGCAUAGUCUGACUUACAGAGGCGCCAUGUUGAACAUCAAUCGGUACCGUCUGAGGGCUUCGAGCUGCCCGGACAUUUAUAGAAACUCGAUGACCACCAUUGCCAAGACGAAGCUCGUCUGGUACGCCGGACUCUGGGAAUUCUGGGACUUGAUCGUCGACAUGCUCGACUUUUCGUACUUCGCCGAUAUGAGGUUUCUGCUGUUCGCUGUCAGCAAUUUUCUCUUGCACACCUGGUACGACGUGCCUUAUGUCUAUCUGACGGACAACGCGAUCGAGGUUGGAUUCAGCGAGACGGACGCGUCUAUUCUGAUCUCGGUGAUCGGGAUCGCUAACAUGGGCGGCGAGAUUUUUCUUGGUUGGGCCGGUGAUAGAGCGUGGGUGAACGCGUCCAUCGUCUACGCGGUGUGUAUGGCUCUCUGCGGCGCCGUUACCGCUCUGAUACCAGUAGUUAUCAGCGAUUACUAUACCUUAUGUGCAAUCUCUGGUGCCUUUGGAUUAUUCAUCGCAGCGAAUUACAGUCUCACCAGCAUCAUCCUUGUCGAGCUGAUCACUUUGGAAAGGUUCACGAACGCUUACGGUCUUCUGUUACUGGUCCAAGGAGUAGCCAAUCUUAUAGGUCCUCCGUUAGCUGGAUAUCUGUACGAUAUUACAGGCUCAUACGACCUUUCUUUCUAUCUGGCGGGGUUGUUCAUCGCGUUGAGCGGCCUGUUGUUAUUAGUGAUGCCUUUGAUCAGUUUGUAUAGAAAAUGCCGAGGAAAAGAAUCCAAGGAAAGGACUGUCGACAAGGAUUUUAAUGAGAUAGAUAAUGUGUAAAUAUGCCGAUACUUAUCGAAAGAACACAUAAGCCAGAGAGCAACCACUGUCUACGGUUGUUAUUUGCGCGGCCAAAGUCGCGAAUGGAAUUGUAAAAUGCGUGCAAACUCUUGCUGAAAAUUGUCACAGGUACUCCUUAAUUCCGUUGCAGUGUCAGAGUCCGUAACAUACUGCAUAUAUGAGUCGCUCGAGCCGGCUGUGGUGUAUUACAUAGUUAUUAAGUUUCGUGUCGAAAUGACUGCAAGGUCAUCGACAACCAAUGCGACAACUAAUGCGAGCGACUCGAAGAGUAUUAUGUAAACUGAUGAAUCACACACGUGGCAAAUCGUAAUUAUCAGCAGAUUCCGAUUCUGCAUGACUAUAUAUCGGCGGAUGCUGAUGCUUCGCUAAACUUUCGCGAAGGUCGCCAGGUCACUUCUAAUCUCUCUUAGACAUUGCGUAAAGGAAAUUUUUUCGAGAGUGAGUAUAGUUUUAAUAUUUUCAAUAGAGCGUAGUAGAGUGGAUAUUACGCGAGAAUAUAGAGUAAAUACAUUGUACAAAUUAGGGGAAUGCGCGCCUGCUCGCGAUAAUAUAUAAAAAUCGAAGGGCCUGUGGAUGAAGGAGAGAACAGUUUUUCGUUAAGCUAUUUAUCGCGUUUAUCCUGUCGAUAAAUAAUUUUCGUCGAAACAGAUAUAUGUAUAUAUAUAUAUAUAUAUAUAUAUAUAUAUAUGUAUAUCUACAUUCUUGGCGUUGCUGCAACAACCAAGUAUAUAUAUAUAAUUUCGAAUCUCAGGAUACUACCCAACCAAUAUAAUAUAUUGAUGCGAUACACAUAUACAUAGGUUCGAAGUCGGCACAUCUGGUGUCCGCUCCUCUCUCGUUUGCAUGUACAGAAAAAAACAUGCUUGUAGUCGCUAAAAUCCUUCGUCAAGUGCGUUGUGUAUUCUGAAGCUAGAUUGUAACAACUGACAAGUUAUCCUUCCCUCCACCUUCCCCAUUUCACCCCGUCCGCCCUCGGAUAACGCGAAAGGUAUUGUAAAUUAAUCAAUUGCACCAGAUACCCUCGACCUUUGUAAUCAUCAACGUAUAACGUGCAUCCCUCGCGUAGGAGCCUUGCGAGUCACCCGUGCAUUUAAAUUAUUAAUUCACUUAAAUUAACUGUUUAAUUAAUUUUACAACAUUACACACAUGUAAAUUCGUACAUUGUUCAUUUGACUCGUUAGUCAAGUGGAAAUGUCAAUGCGUGCGCUUAAGUUUUGUGAAGCAAUCGCGAAAUAAUACAUUAUUCUUAUAAAUCAUGAGUUUAACGCGAAAGAAAAAUUUUGUUCAAGUUGAUUCCUAUUAUUUUUUUUACUCUUGACUGGAAGCGGGACAACAACCUCGAUUAAAUUAAACUUUUGGAAAUACGCAUAUUUUUUUUUUAAUUUUAUGAUAAGCGAGGACGAAAAAAAGAAAUUACAUACGAAAGAUAAUGCCGAAAGAUUGAAGAAAGAAUCAAGCGCUUUGAUAGCAGAUUUUCUCAUUUAGAGUGCGAUGCACGAAUUUCUUUUUGAAAUAACAUGUGUCUAUAAAAUAGGCAUGCGUGUAUAGCUUUUCUGUGAUCAUAAACUUGCCUCUUUAUCAAUUUUGCGAGCUACAAAUAGACUACUACCUCCGUUACCAUAGUGUAUGCGUACGUACAUGCGUGCGUGUGUGCGUGCAUGUGUUCGUUCUUUUUUUUUGUUUUUAUAAAUUAUAAAAUGUAAUCUAUAUUUGCACUUAUAUAGAUUACAUGAGCGUUUUUUUUCUUUUUUUUUACUAAAAAAAGAGGAAACGAAUAAUAGUCACUCAGUCAUUGUAGCAAUUUUCGAUUGUACAUAUAAUAAGACGAACGAAGAGAGAAUAGUUGUAUAAAAUUAACGCGAACAACAUAAUGGAUUUAUUGGUGAGGAGGAGUUUUUAUUGCUCUCUGUGUAUGUGGGAAAGUUGUAAGCGAAAUGUACAUUACUUGACGAAAAAUUGAAAUCGUGCCGUGCAUUCCGAUGGAAAUUAAACGUCAAACGAAAUAGAAGUUUUUUAAAACUAGUCAAAAUCGCACUACAAUAUUUUAGGUACUGUCGAUUUCACACAAAAAAAUUUUAUAUUCCAAAGAUUUCUCUUAUAUAGUUGUAGGGUUACAUCGUACGUAUAACAUUAUAAUAUACGAGGCCUUUACACUAAAAUAAAAUACGAAAAAAAUAUUUAUUGCUUUCAGAUAUUGUAAGAAAAUUAAAUCGAACUAGAAAAACGGCAGAGGUGACAUCGUCGUGAAACGAGAGUCUCGGAUAUUUUUUAUUAGCGCCGUUGUAUAAAAUCUGGUACUCGAAAGUAAAAUUGCAAUUGCAACACCCGAGAUUGAAAUUUUGAAUUUCGAUCGAAGCGUAUUUUUUCGAUUAUAUAGAGAUAUGAUCGCGAUCGGUGUCUUAUAUAAUUGUGUCCGGUACCAAAAGUGUCCAAAUUAUUGUGAGUGUAAUAAUUUUUCUCGCAGCAUAUUUAUGCUCGCACAUCAUACAUCACACGCGUACGCAGCCUUAUAUGGCAUCUACGAAACGUAUAAAGCAAUAUUUUAAUAUAUAAAAAAAAGGAAAAAAAUUGUGUAUUUCAUAUAUUUACGAUAUCAGGUCGCCGGCUGACGACUUUCAAACGGUAGUAUUAAGCGAUUAUAUAUAGUUAUUAAGAGGAGAAGAAUGAAAACGCAAAUAAUCUGUAAAAGAACGAACGAGGACCUUUGAAUAGAAUUGUCAAAAAUCGAGUACGACCCGGAGAACGAUUCCUUCCAGUAAAAAGAAGAUAGAAGAAAAAAAAGAGACGAAAGAAAUUAUAGCGCGAGAGCGACGAUUUUUAGCUGACGAUAUAAUCAGCAUUCCACUUAUAUUAUGUAAGAUUGCCGAGUUCUUUUAUUAGAAUAUUCCGGCAUUCUACGAAUUUCCGAAGAAAAUACUUAUCGAUUAUCAAUUAUAUUUCCGACGAUUUUAAUCGCGUUAAUUAGAUCGUUACGAUAUCGAUCUAGUGUGUCUCUAUUACAUCAGAUUAUCUUAUAUAUUGGCGCAAACCAUUUUACGGAUUUCAACGUUCUUGUUGACUCUUAAAUAUUAAAAGGAACGAGUCUACGAUUAGUCUUAUACAUGUAAUACGUAUAAAUUCUUAGCCAGUGCCGAUUCCUAGAACGAUAUGCGAUGCGAUCGGUUCAGUUUCACGUAAAUCCUCUCUCAUGUAUUGGAAAAUAUCCGAAGAUGAUCCGAAAUAAAUAUCGUAGUGGUUUCUCGACAA